AUGACACUUGGUUUAUUAGCUUUAUUAUCAACACUAUUUUGGGGUUUACAGAGCCACUCUUCUUCUCCUCCUCCUCCUUCGACUUUCGAUGAUAUAGUUGCUCUUCCUCCUCCUCCUUCGCCUUCGGCUUUUGAUGCUAUAGUUGCACUAGAUGGAAGUGGAAAUUUCAUGUCCAUAACAGAGGCAUUACAAGCAGCUCCAAAUAACAGUGAAAGGAGAUACAACAUACAGAUUAAAGAAGGGAUAUAUAAUGAAUAUGUUUUUGUUCAUAAAGAUAAGACUAAUAUAACAUUCAUUGGUGAAGGAAUAGACCGUACCAUUAUAACUGGAUGUAAAAGCAAUGGCACUGGAUUCAAAACAAAUGAGACUGCAACUGUAGAUAUACAUGGCCAUGGCUUCAUAGCACAAGACAUCACAAUCCAAAAUAAUGCUGGAGCAUCGAUGCACCAAGCAGUUGCGGCGAGUAUUUCAGCUGACCACGUCGCGUUUUAUCGAUGCAAGUUCGAUGGUUAUCAAGAUACACUUUACACAAAAAAAGGUGUACAAUUUUUCAGAGAUUGUGAAGUCUAUGGUACGGUGGACUUCAUAUUUGGUAACGCAAAAGUCAUUUUUCAAAAUUGUAGUAUAUAUGCUAGAAAACCUGAAGAUAUUCAAAAUGAAGUGACUAUAACUGCCCAAGGAAGAAAACACAAACAUGAAGAUACUGCUAUUGUCCUCCAAGGCUGCACGAUACAUGUUGAACAAGAUUUACGCGAGCGUGAACCAAAGGUACGAGUGUUCCUUGGAAGAUCUUGGAAGAAUCACUCGCGGGCGAUUGUGAUGUCAAGUUACCUAGAUGAGUUUAUUGAUCCAGAAGGUUGGGUUGAAUGGAAUGGAAACAAAGAAGAUAUAUAUUUUGGUGAGUAUAAUAACAUAGGACCAGGAGCUAACUUAGAAGGAAGAGUGAAGUGGGAAAAAAUACUUUCACAGUAUGAUGCUUCUAAUUUUACUGUUAGAAAUUUUCUUCAUGGAGAUGAAUGGAUCCCCAAUGAAAUCCCAACCGUACUUGAUCUACUUUGA